AUGUCGAGAAUCGAUAAGCUCUCCAUUUCUGGGGUCCGGUCUUUUAGUCCCUCUGUCAGAGAGGCUAUACAAUUCAAUACGCCCUUGACCUUGAUUGUCGGAUACAAUGGAUCUGGAAAGACCACCAUCAUCGAGUGUCUAAAGUAUGCCACUACUGGGGAGCUGCCGCCAAACAGCAAAGGUGGUGCGUUUAUUCACGACCCCAAGCUCUGUGGAGAGAAAGAAGUCAUGGCUCAGGUCAAGUUACAAUUUCGCUCCAUCAACGACCGCCAGCAUGUCGCCACCCGCAGCCUACAGUUGACGGUCAAGAAGACGACUCGGUCUCAAAAAACCCUUGAUUGUUCCCUCGUCGUAAUGAACAAUGGCGAGCGAACAACAACCUCGACAAGGCAAGCCCAGCUGGACGAAAUGAUCCCAGAGAGACUCGGCGUGUCGCCUGCUAUCCUCGAUGCAGUCAUCUUUUGUCAUCAGGAUGAGUCUUUGUGGCCACUGAGUGAGCCUGCCGCCCUGAAAAAGCGAUUUGAUGAAAUAUUCGAAGCCCUCAAGUAUACCAAGGCCAUUGACAACUUGAAGGUCCUGCGCAAGAAGCAUGUGGAGCAGUUGGGCCAGUUACAAAACGAUGAAGCACACAACAGAGCCAAUAAAGACCGGGGCGAAAGGGCUGAAAAGCGAAUGACCGGUUUGCAGACCGAAAUUGAGGACGCGCGGGAAAAGUGCGAGACUCUGUCGGCCGAGAUGCAGGAGACUCAGAAUAAGAUUCGCCGCAAACAUGAGCAGGCAAAUAGUUUCCUUCAAAUUGUUCAGAACCUCGGUAACAAGAAGGAACAACUGGAGUACAGGCAAGACGCCGUCAACGAGCUGAAACAGGCGUUCCACGAACUUCAUGAGGACGACGCAUCUCUUCAGACUGCACUCGCUCAAUACGAAGAAAGCAUGGAGCGAUACCGAGAAGAAGCAGAGCAGAGCAAGGCCAAGUACAGCGACUUGCAACAGGAAUUGUCCGACUCCCGCCAGAACUUAUCCACAAGACUUGCUGAACAGGGUAAACAUCAGUCGGACAAGGAUAAAUAUGAGCGGCAAGUAAAAGCCCGCAUGCAGGUGGUGCAAGAAGCCGCAGCUGCACACGGCUUCCGAGGAUACGACAGUGACUUGACAGAACAGCACGUCAAGUCUUUCAAUGAGAAAAUCCAGAAACUUCUGGCGGAGAAGAAACGAGACCUUGAGCGUUUGCAGAAGGAAAACGCCGCAGAGCUGGAUGGGGCAACUGGAGUAAUUACGGAGCUGGAGGGUCGAAAAGCUGCUAGAACCCAGGACCGCGUGUCGGCGAAGCAACGUAUCGGAGCCAUUGAAAAGCGCACCAGUGUCCUGCAAAAUGAAGCCACUCUCAUUGACGUUGACGAGGGGGCCAAGGCCAUCUUGGAUGGCCAGCUGGAAGAUAUAUGCGGACGUUUUACCAGGGCCCAGACCCAGAUGGAACAGGCCAACUGGGACAAGCAGAUUUCUGACGAAAACGACAGAUUAUGGCAACUCGAAACCGAGAACGAGAAGCUUGGACGAGAACUAGUCGAAUGCACUCGUCUUGCUUCCGAAAGAGCACAACUUGAUUAUAGGAAGAAGGAAGUCGCAGACAGAAAACGGAAACUCGAGACACUAACUACUACAUGGAAAUCUAAGCUUGCUGCGGCAAUCGGCGAUGAAUGGGAGCUUGACACAUUGGAAGCAAAAUUCCAGACAGUUGUGACCCAGCAAAACAAGGCACUCCAAGACGCUCGCCGCAGUCUGGAGCAAAUCAAGCAGAAACACCAGAAAUUCGAAUACAGGCUCAAAAAUGCCAAGGAGUCCCAAGAGUCCAAGUCCCUAGACGCGGAAACGUGCAGGAAACAAGUGGUGGCUGCUCUCCACGAGGUGCGAGACGGCGCAACCAUUGAUGACUAUAACGAAGAGGUUGGAUCGGUGGAACAACAGGUCGAAGACCUCCGUAAUGAGCUGAGUCUAUUUGAUGCACUUGUAGACUAUUACAACAAGUGCAAGCGAAUGCUGCAGUCGAAGAAGCGCUGUUUGCUCUGCGAGCGACAUUUCGACGAUGGUCAAAGCGCUAGUCUGGACCGUCUUAGCAAAAAGAUUGAGAAGAACCUCGACCCCAAGGGCAAGGUUGACGUGGAGAAGGACCUAAAGGAAACCAUGACUACCCUGGAUUCGCUUCGCUCAGUUCGAUCUAGCUAUGACACAUAUAAGCGACUUCUUACAGAGCUUCCGUCUAUACGUGAGGAGUGCAAGGCGGUUGAGAGCGAGUGUGACGCUCUUGAACGGCAACUAGAAGAGCAGGAGUCAAGAGUUGCUGGUGAGGACGCGCGAGUGCGCGACUUGGAUGACAUGUCCAAGACUGUUUCAAGCAUCUCCCAGCUCAUGAAAGACAUUCAAGACUCCGAGAGUCAGGUAGAGCGCAUCAUGUCACAACAGCUGUCUGGCGGCGGCGCCACUCGAAGUGUUGAAGAGAUACAUGAGGUGCAGGCUAGCCUUGGGGAACAAAUGAGGGCAUUGAAAAACCGGGUGGCCAAACUGACCACGGAUAGACAACGUAUGAAGGACCAACUAGGCUCUUUGGAGCUUGAAAGAAGCGAACUCAGAAACAAGAUUGGACGAGCGGUUGGACAGUUGGACAAGAAAAAUGAUAUCCAGAAUCAAAUACAGGCCCUCAGAGACGACAUGGCCCAUCAGCGGGAGACUAUCCAACGCGCAGACGAGGAGCUUGACAAGGUGGAGCCCAGCAUCGUAGAUGCCCGAUCCGCUCGUGACGAAACUCUGCGAAGAGGCCGGGCCAAGGAGCAAGUGAUUAUCGACGAACGGGACGCGAUUGCCAACUCUGUCAGCGAAAUCAAAAUGCUCGAUAAUGACAUACAGGACUACAACGACCAAGGGGGACCCUCAAACUUGGCAUCUAAUCAGCGGGCAAUAGCAGCCUUGGAAAAGUCUAUCAGCAACACUGAAAAGGACAUUGCGGACCUGACUGUUCGCGCAAAUAAGUUGAAGCAAGAUAUUGACAGCGGUGACCGCAUGAAGAAAAACAUAAGCGACAAUCUCCACUACCGGAAACACCUGCGACAGUUGGAAGUUCUCCGGCGCGAGAUUGAAGAACUCGAGGAGCGCAACGCUCACGAAGAUUACGAACGGCUGCAAAGUGAAGCCCGCAGCCUUGAGAAUCAGUCCAACCGCCUGCUCGCUGAACGAGGAUCCGUCAUGGGCACCAUGAAGACCAAGGAUGAAGAACUAGGCAGGCUGCUACAAGAGUGGGAGAUGGACUACAAGGGGGCCAAACAAAAGUACCGCGAGUCCCAUAUCCGCGUCGAAACCACCAAAGCCGCCAUCGAAGAUCUAGCCCAGUGCGGAGCGGCCGUCGACAAGGCCGUGAUGCAAUUCCACUCCAUGAAGAUGGCAGAAAUCAACCGCAUCGCGGGCGAACUCUGGCAGUCCACGUACCAGGGCACCGACAUUGACACGAUUCUCAUACGUUCCGACAACGAGUCGACCUCGGGAAAGCGCAACUACAACUACCGUCUCUGCAUGGUCAAACAAGACACGGAAAUGGACAUGCGCGGCCGCUGCUCGGCCGGCCAAAAGGUCCUCGCGAGCAUCAUUAUCCGCCUCGCCCUUGCAGAGUCAUUCGGCGUAAACUGCGGGCUGAUUGCCCUCGACGAGCCGACCACCAACCUGGACCGCGACAACAUCAAGAGCCUGGCCGAGUCUCUUCACAUGAUUAUCAAGACGAGGCAGGCGCAGAGUAACUUUCAGCUUAUUGUUAUUACGCACGACGAGGAGUUUCUAAGACACAUGCGGUGCAGUGAUUUCUGUGACAGCUUCUUCCGUGUCAAGCGAGACGCAACUCAGAAUAGCGUCAUUGUCAGGGAGAGCAUCACAAAGAUAUUUUGA